UCCUCUAACCUUCCCGAGUCAUCAAACGGCACGAAUCUCAUCAACACCCCACCAUGACCUCCUCCAACAUCAGUGAAAGCAUUCCGUUCUACGACGUGUUCGGAUAUUACGAAUGGACGUUAACGCUAGCAGAUCCCCGCACGAAAGGAUGGCCGAUGGUAGACUCGCCGAUCCCCACGCUGACGGGUGUCUGCAUAUAUCUGUUCCUCGUGUGGAUUGGUCCAAAAAUAAUGCACGACCGGAAACCCUUCGAUCUGACCACAUUUCUGGUGCCGUACAAUUUGGCCAUGGCCCUGCUGAAUCUCUACAUCUGCCUGCAGCUAUUCGUCGGAUCCACCAUGCGUCGGUACAGCUACAUCUGCGAGCCCUGUCGGCAGAGUUUCCAUCCAAUGGAGCUUCGAAUCGUUGAUGCCGUCUGGUGGUAUUACUUCUCCAAGGUGCUGGAAUUCUCGGACACAUUCUUCUUCAUUCUGCGCAAGAAGGACAACCAGCUGACGUUCCUGCACGUGUACCAUCAUAGCACUAUGUUCUCCUUCUGGUGGAUCGGCGUUAAGUGGGUUCCAAGUGGAAGCACAUUCCUUCCAGCGAUGGUCAACUCGUUUAUCCACGUGCUGAUGUACACGUAUUACGGUCUGGCCGCGGUAGGUCCGCACAUGAACAAAUACCUCUGGUGGAAGAAAUACCUGACGAUCCUGCAGCUGAUACAGUUCACCGUCGCGAUGAUCCUCGGCAUCAACGGCAUCAUUACGGGAUGCGAAUUCCCACUCUGGAUGCACUACACCCUGAUCGGUUACAUGAUCUCGUUCAUACUGCUGUUCGGCAACUUCUACGCCCAGGCGUACAUGCAGGGCAAACCGAUCCAACAGUUCGAGAUCAACUGCAUCGACAUGGGAGCGAUUAAGAAUAAGUCCGAAUAGGACAUGUGGGGACCGUGACUCGGUUCGUGCCGCACUGUACUGUAUCAUAUAGCUCUCAGUCCUUACCGCUCCUCCAGUUUUUACGGUUUUUGCUGCAUUUGUACAUUUUUGCUCACGAUGUAUCUUUCGUAAAAAGGGUGUUUUUAGGUUUAACGCUUACACUUUCUGCUCAAA